UGUCCCUCUUUGAAUUCUAUCUUUGUGUUUGUCUAAACAUAAAUUUGUGAUCUCAAUGCCAGAGAACAUGAGCAUAUCAGUAAAUGGACAAUCCCAAGUCCCUCCUGGCUUCAGAUUUCAUCCAACAGAAGAGGAGCUCUUGCAGUACUAUUUGAGGAAGAAGGUUUCAUAUGAAAAGAUUGACCUAGACGUAAUCCGUGAUGUCGAUCUCAAUAAGUCUGAGCCAUGGGAUAUACGAGAGAUUUGUAAAAUAGGAACCACCCCUCAAAACGACUGGUACUUCUUUAGCCACAAAGACAAGAAGUAUCCCACAGGGACGCGCACUAAUCGUGCAACUGCUGCCGGAUUCUGGAAGGCCACCGGCCGUGACAAGGUCAUAUCCAGCAAUGGUAGGCGUAUUGGAAUGAGGAAGACUUUAGUUUUUUACAGAGGCCGAGCCCCCCAUGGACUCAAAUCAGACUGGAUCAUGCACGAAUAUAGACUGGACGAUAACAUCACGGACACCAAUAUCUCCAAUACUAUGGGAGAGGCAAUUCAAGAGGAGGGAUGGGUGGUGUGCCGUAUAUUCCGGAAGAAAAGUCACCAAAAAACCCUAGACAGCCCCAUUAUUUCAUCCAUCAUUGCUGAAACCAGAACCCAGCAGGUGUUUGAUUCUUGUGAUGAGGGAGCCUUGGAGCAAAUACUCCAAUACACGGAAAACUCCAGCAAGGAAUUAGAGAAAGAUUCGAAAAGUGGUACAAUAUUCCGACCCAUCGACAACGCAGGCAUGAAGCAUUGCUACCAAUAUGAAAGAUUCAUGAAACUACCAAGCUUAGAGAGUCCAAACUCCAGCUGCGGUAAAAAACAUUAUCAACUCAUUAAUAAUCCAGAGAUGAUUGCAGAAAAUGAUCAAGGGUUAGUCAUCAAACAGGUGAGUGAAACUGAUCCCAACUCAGAUUACAAAAUGGACUCAGCUGCUGCCAUCACAAACUGGGCAGCCCUGGAUAGGCUUGUUGCUUCUCAGCUCAAUGACCAAUUACCAGAGGAUUUUAAGCAAUUAGUCAGCUUUGAUGACCCCAACAUGGGUUAUUGUACUCAAGAUCAUCAUCAUGAUGAUCAUCUCGAGUUUCCAACCCUUCGAUCAUCAUCAUCUUCCAUUAACAGAUUCUAUCAUAUUCCAAGGCAGGACUACAACAGCGAAAUCGACCUGUGGAAUUUUCGGGUAUAACGGAAUUAUAAUCUUCUGUAUACAUAUAAUGUGUAAUCUUAUUAUAAUAAAGUUCUUGGACAGU